AUGCAGCUUCAAACAAGCUACUAUAUAGGCGUUGAUGUUGGCACUGGAAGUGCACGCGCCUGCAUCAUCGACGACACAGGUGACAUAGUGGGCUUGGCAUCGGAGAACAUUGCUCUCUGGCACUCUCAGCAGGUGUACUAUGAACAAUCAACCACCGAUAUCUGGCGCUGCAUCUGCUCAGCGGUACAGCACGCCCUCGUAGAGAAUACAAUUGAUCCAUCACGAGUUCGCGGCAUCGCUUUCGAUGCGACGUGCUCUUUGGCCGUCUUUGCAACAGAUUCUGAUGAACCUGUGUCUGUCACUGGUUCUGAAUUUAAUAGCGACCGGAACGUGAUACUGUGGCUAGACCACCGAGCUGGAAGCGAGACGGACAAAAUCAAUGCAACCGGUCAUAAAGUACUAAACUAUGUGGGAGGGAAGAUGUCCAUUGAGAUGGAGAUCCCCAAGAUCCUUUGGUUGAAGAAUAAUAUGCCGGCGGAGACAUUUGCGAGGUGCAAGUUCUAUGAUUUGGCGGAUGCACUCACUCAUAUUGCAACGAGCCGCGAGACCAGGAGCCUGUGUAGUCUUGUGUGUAAGCAGGGAUAUCUCCGCAAUGGGGUUGGGAAUACCGUGUCCGGGUGGCCCGAGGACUUUCUUGAGAACAUUGGACUCGGUGAAUUCAGCAAAGAGCAGUUUGAAAGAAUGGGAGGGAUAAACGGACAGAAUGGCCAACAUCUCCACGCGGGCGAGCUUGCCGGGUACUUGUGCGACAAAGCCGCCACAGAUUUAGGUCUACCGUCCGGUAUCCCCGUCGGCAGCGGUGUGAUUGAUGCCUAUGCUGGGUGGAUAGGAACAGUCGGUGCCAAAGUGAAUUUCAACAAAGGCAACGCGAGCCCUCAAAAUGACAUGGCCGCAGAGCUGUUUACCAGGCUGGCUGCCGUAGCAGGGACCUCCACAUGCCACCUGGUCAUGUCCCCGAAUGCCGUCUUCGUGAACGGUGUCUGGGGUCCCUACCGUGACACGAUUUUGCCCGGCUGCUGGAUGGCCGAGGGAGGACAGUCUGCGACAGGCCAGCUACUUAAACAUGUUCUGGAAAGCCACCCAGCAUUCCGCCAGGUAGAGAAGCUUGCGGAAUUACAGAACACGGACAUUUUCUCGUUUCUCAAUGAGCAUCUGAGAAAUCGAGCCAGCGAAGAAAAGGCGCCUUGUAUAUCAUACCUUGCACGGCACUUCUUCUUCUACGGUGAUCUCUUCGGCAAUCGCUCACCAAUGGCGGAUCCCUCCAUGAUGGGUUCUAUUGUCGGUCUUACCAGCGAUACAACGAUUAAUAGCCUCGCAAUUUUGUACUAUGGCACGAUGGAGUUUAUCGCGUUGCAAACCCGACAGAUUGUCGACGUGAUGAACAAAUCAGGGCACAACAUCACCUCUAUUUUCAUGUCAGGAUCUCAGUGUCAAAAUGACAUCUUAGUUAACCUGGUUGCCUCUGCCUGUGAUAUGCCCGUUGUCGUCCCGUUUUAUGUCAACGCUGCAGUGUGCCACGGUGCCGCAAUGCUGGGUGCUAAAGCAGCCACUGCGGACACGAGGGGAAGGACAGUCGAUCUCCGAGCAAUUAUGAACAAGAUGAGCAAGCCUGGGAAAUGUUUCUAUCCAACCGAAGAUGCAAGGCAAAGGAGUCUUCUCAAGCGAAGUACCAGGUGUUUCUUGACCAGUGUCAGCGACAGCGAGACUACCGGGCCGUUGUUAAUGAGGCGCUUGCAUAACAAUCUACGUUUACGGCUGGGAGGAUUAGAAUGCAUACGGCAUUAUAACCCUUUGAUAAAACUGAAUAAAGACCAUGAUUAG